AUGAGCUACCCAAUACAGGGACCGUCGUCUCAGCCGUACGGCGCAUACACAUUCAAUUCUCCCGUUAAACAGCGGCAGAAACGACAGUACGCACAAUCUUUGCAGCAACAACAGAGACGCAGGCAGCAGACGCAGCAGCCGCCAUCUUCUCUUCCCAUAUCACGACGCGAAAACGUUGUGGAUGCUUACACCUGGAAUGCAGCAGCCAAGACGGCAAAAACAAAGCCAAAUGAGUCGCCGCUCAAACACGCUGCUCCCGGCGUAGCACAGCUCGACGCACCUCCCUCCUGGCUUGAAGGCCGAAAGUAUGCCGUUCUCGUCGAUGCUGGCUCCUCAGGCUCUCGGAUGCAGGUCUACUCUUGGAAAGAUCCCAAGAUCGAGCGUGCACAGCGAGCCAGCAAAGGUCUGGGCGCUAAGGUCCUGCCCAAGGUGGAGAAGGGCACGUGGGAGAACUCGGGUGUAGAAUGGAGCCACAAAGUCGAGCCAGGGCUAUCGUCGUUCGGUGACCACCCGGCCGAUGUCGGCAACUAUCUCAAAGGGCUGCUCGACCAUGCCGAAAAGAUUGUUCCUCCCUCUGCGUGGGCCGAGACGCCCAUCUACGUCAUGGCCACAGCAGGUAUGCGUCUGCUUCCCGAUCAGCAGCGCCAAGCAGUGCUCGGCGAGACCUGUCGCUACAUCCGCGAACACACAAAUUUCAGUCUCGACGGUGGAGGUUGUGACGAGCACGUCCAGGUCAUCAGCGGCGAAGAGGAAGGCUUGCUCGGUUGGAUCUCGGUCAACUACCUCAUGGAUGGCUUCCACAUUCGCGGCAAGAAGCCGUCGCUCGAUGGCGAGACCGACAUUAUGGAAGGCAAGUCCACCUUUGGCUUCCUCGAUAUGGGAGGUGCCAGCACACAGAUCGCGUUCGAACCCAGCAAGAAAGCGCUUCAAGGUGAAGGUGCCGCCGCCGAAGCCGAUCUCACCACCGUACCGCUCCGGAUGCUCGAUGGCACCGAAGUUUCGCACAAAGUCUUUGUCACCACCUUUCUCGGUUACGGUACCAAUCAGGCGCGGCAGCGGUACAUCGAUUUGCUUCGCUCCGAUGCUGUCAAGGCACAGGAACCUAAGCAGCCCCUGUCGGAUCCUUGUUUGCCUAACGGUCUGCAGCUCGCUCAGGUCGAAGGCAAGCCAGACGUCUCGCUUAUGGGUGCUGGAAACUUCACAGCAUGCCUCGAGUCGAUGCAUCCUCUCCUGGACAAGGAGGCCGUCUGCGACAAGCCACCUUGCUUGUUCCACGGUGUCCACGUGCCCAAGAUCGACUUUAGCGUCAAUCACUUCAUCGGCGUCUCGGAAUACUGGUUCAGCUCUCAAGAUGUCUUUGGUCUUGGCGGUGUCUACGACUUUGUCGACUUCCAAAAGGCUGCCGUCGACUUUUGCGAAAAGCCUUGGGCCGAGCUGAAACAGCAUCUCGACGCAGGAGACCUCUUCGGACCGGAAGUUCAACUCAGCCGAUUGCAGACGCAGUGCUUCAAGGCCGCUUGGAUGGUCACUGUGCUGCACGAAGGUAUCGGAAUCCCACGUAUCGUCGACCACAAGGGCGCAGGCGACGGCACCGAUCACGCCGAUGAAGCGCAAGGCAAGGGUGAGCAGAAGAACCUUUUCCAGAGCGUCAACGACAUCGAUGGCUUCUCGGUCAGCUGGACCUUGGGCAAGGCCGUUCUCGAGGCUAGUCGUGACAUCCCGCCAGCGCCAGGAUCGCUUCCGUCUCCUUUUGACGAGCUCGCCAUCUCCAAUUCGAAGCUGGGCAAGUGGGACCCGUUCCGCCCCAAAUGGCCCACCACGGGCGAAGGGUCAGCAUUUCCACCCGCUCUGGGAAGCGCAAGCAGACAUGCUAGCCCUAUCUCGCUGAUCAUCAUGGUGGCUGUGUUCCUGCUGCUUCUCGUCACUUGCAUCUGCACUCGCGGUCGUGGACCAAGAGCCACCAGAAGGCGUGCAGCCAUCAAGGAUAUGCUACCACCUCCCGUGGGCACUCUUGGCGGCUUUUGCAGCUCGAAGCGCAACGGCCGCGGCGACUAUGUGCUGGCAAGCAUGGAGGAAGCGGGCGGCGAUGCCUCCAAGCGCGGCUUCUGGUCCAAUCUGGGCAAGCGAGCGGACGGCAAGGACUACAGCCCCACGAUGGAAGCCGAGUUCGGCUUCAGCUCCGAGGGCAGCUCGGAAGAGAGCAGCGGCGCAUCGAGCGGGUCGGCAGGGAGAGGCACCAGGACGUCGUCGUCGCGAAAGCGGGCCGGCACGGGUGUUGUGGGUGCUCUGGGUUGGCCAGUGCGUCGCGUUGCGCUCGCCAUGUCCUCGACUUUCCCGUCACUCUUCCCGCGACGUGCGGCAAGAUCAAAGAAGCGCAACUCGAGUCUGCCUUUGAGCCGCGACACCGCCGGUACCGACGGUACGCUCGGUCACGGUGCUCGCAUCGCAGCGAGAAGAGGCGCAGCCACACCUACGAUGGUGCGAGUGUCGCGUCCCACUUCGCCUACGUUUACCGGCAUCACCACCGGCACUUCGAUUUCACGACCAGCAUCGCGCACGUCCAGCCGAGCACCCACGCCCGUCUUGGGUCAUCGUCUCACCUCGGCGACGCUGUCGACUCGAUCCGGUCUCACUACACCUGGCGGCAGCGGCGGCCUGGUGAGCGGCGCUGUUCCUGCCAGCGGGCCCAGUUCGCCUCUGAGCGAGCGUAAUACGCAGACUCGACCUGGUCUGUUUUCGGCUUCGAUGAGCCGCGCUCACUCGGUCGCAGACUUGGCGGCCACCGAAACUGGCCUGUUGGCUCCUGCAACACGAACACCCUCGCGACAGGGCUCGCCAGCGCCUCAUCUGGGGCCCAUGUCCGAGCUCGACAAUGACGACGGCUCGGCCCACCCAUAG